AUGGCGAAGAAAGAAGAGCUCACCGGGCGAUUCUCCAGCUGGGCGUCGCACGCCGUCGCACAGUCGCAGCUGGGCAUCGCACUCCUGCUUCUGCCGCUGCUCGCGUGCGUCGUCCUAUGGGGCUCCUUCCGCGCGCGUGCGCCGAUCGCAGGGGGCUGGGGGGAAGACGCUCAAACGGGUUCCCAAGCGGACCAAUGGAGCGUGAGCGUCUUUGCAAGGGGAGCGGGAAACGAGAGCGAAUCUCUGGAAGCGGCGGGGAUUGCGGGCGUGAACAGGCGAUGGGGGCCUGGCGGCAGUGAGACGGGCGCGGGAGAAGCGCGGAAGGGAGCAUUCGAGUCGUCGCGAAGGGGUGGUGGCGGUAGCACAGACAAGGGCAUGGGGGAGGCGCGGAAGGGGGAAGCGCGAGAGUCGACGGCAAGUUUGACGGCCGUUGACGGACAGGCGGAGGGCGUUGACGGAGGGGAAGAGGCGGAGGGCGAGGGGAUAGCUGGGAGUGUAGACGGAGGAGGGGUGAAGGAGAGAGGGGUGGGACACGGAAAGGGGAGAGAGUCUGCUGGGGAGGCCGCAAGAGGCGGGGAAGACAGUGGUUCGGGUGGUGGGGGAGAGGGAAUAGGGGCGAGGGGUGGAGAAGUGGGAGGGAAGGAGGAGAGGAGCAGCAUAGGUGCGGGGAAAGGUGGGGAAUUGGAGGCUGGUUCGACCGAAGGCUCGGAGGGAGGUUCGGAGGGGGGAGGGCAAGAAGGAGAGGAUUUGUUGGUUGGGUGUGAAGAGAUGAUGAAUGAAGGUUUGAGUGAUAGUAGCGGGGGCGAGGAGAGGGGAGAGGAAGGGGGAGAGAAGGGGGGAGAUAAGGAGAGAGAUGAGAGGGGAGAGGAGGGGGGAGAAGGGGGACGAGAGGACGGGGGAGGGAAGGAGAGGGAUGGGAGGGGAGAGGGGGAGGGAGAAAAAGGGGGAGAGGAGGAGGGAGGGCAAGAAGGAGAGGACUUGUUGGUUGGGUGUGAAGAGAUGAUGAAUGAAGGCCUGAGUGAUAGUAGCGGGGGCGAGGAGGGGGGAGAGGGAGGAGAGAAGGAGAGUGGGGAGGGUGGGGGGGAGGAGAGACCAGGUGACGGGAACAUAAGAGAGGCGGGCGGUCGAAAGGGGAGUGCAGGAGGAGCGGACGCGGGAGGAGUGGGGGUGGGUAGCAAUGCAAGGGUCAAUAGAGGCGGAGGCAGGGACGGGAUCAACAGCGGCAACGACAGUGGCAGCAGUGGUGGCGCCAAGGUUGAUUUUAACGGGACUGAGAGUGGGAACGCCAGGGGUGAUUCUAACGGGGGGAAUGGGAGGGCUGCUGGAGGGGCUGCCCUGGCAGCUGGUGCGAGGAAGAAGGGAGGAGGGCGCAAGGAGAAGAUUAAACUGGAUGUGCCUCUCGCCUGCGACCUCUACCGUGGCUCGUGGGUCCCGGGCACCAGUCCUCCUCUCUACACCAACGCCACGUGUCCCAACAUUACUCGCCACCAGAACUGCCAGGGCAACGGGCGCCCGGACAGCCGCUACGAGCGCUGGCAGUGGCGGCCCGAGGGGGCGGCGUGUGCGCUGCCGCGCUUCGAUGCAGAGGAGUUCAUGAGGGUUAUGCGCGGUAGAGGGGUGCUCUUUGUGGGGGACAGCGUGGCGAGGAACCAUUUUGAGUCGCUUGUGUGCCUUUUAAGUCAGGUGGAGAAGCCCGAGUUUCACGGCGGCAAGUCCAUGCUUCGCCUUGUAUUCCGCUCCUCUAAAGUCACACUCGCUAGAGUCAACUCCGCGUGGCUUGUAGAGGAAGGCAACGACACCGUACCUGACUGCCCCGACUCCAUACCUCGCCUGCACCUCGACCGAACCAGCCCCAAGUGGUUCGGCGAGAUCGGCAGGUUCGACGUUGUCAUGUUCAGUUCGGCGCAUUGGUUCGUGAAGCCUUCGAUUUACAUGGAGAAAGGGGAGGUGAUUGGGUCGCAAGGGGGGUGGUGGAAGCGGGAUGAGCCGGCGAAAGUCGACAACAAGGGCGCGUUCGCGAUUGCGAUUCGGACCGUGUUUCGGGACGUGGUGAAUGAGCUUGGGAAGAAUCCGAACCGAGUGUUUAUUUACCGAACCUUCUCCCCGGACCACUACGAGAAGGGCGAGUGGAACACAGGAGGUUCGUGCGCAGGCCUUACCGAACCUAGAGGCGGCAACUACACCUACAGCAACACAUUCGGGCUUAACCUAUACACGAAGCAGCUGGAAGCCUAUAACGAGGUUAUAGAGGCCGCUAUUGAAGCAGGCGCGAGUGUAGACCCGUUACGAUUCACCCUCAUGGAUGUGAUGCCGAGUGCAGGCAUGAGGGUGGAUGGGCACCCAGGGCCAUAUAGAGGGUUGAAUGCAGCGGAAGAGCUGGCCAAGUACAAGGAUUCCAAGUUCCCUCCUCCCCAGGACUGCCUGCACUGGUGCUUGCCCGGGCCGAUUGACUCGUGGAACGUGUUUCUGCUGCAGAUUGUGAAGCGGGGGUUCGCCUCGAUUCAGGGGCAGGGUGGGUAG